UUUUCCGGAUUUGGUACAUACUAUGGCGUCGGCUUUGGAUCUUGCGGGAAAAAAGAUACCGACGACGAAAUGAUUGUCGCUGUCAAUCAACCCCAAAUGCAUAAUGGUGCGAAUCCGAAUACCAAUCCACGAUGCGGAAAACAAGUGUUUAUUAGAGGUAUACACGGAUCAGCCACUGCGAGAGUGGAGGAUACGUGUCCAACAUGUCCCUCAGGUAAUUUGGACAUGUCUCCGACAGUUUUCCAAAAAGUAUGUGGCGAUCUGGACAUUGGCCGUUGUUCCAUCAAAUGGAAAUUCUUG